UGUCAUCUCUAGCCGGUCAGCUGGUACCAAAAGUAAAAAUAAUAAUACUACUAACACGUUAAGUAGAGUGAAAUGCUGCACAAGCAACAAGUAAAUUUGGCUAAACAAAUAUUGUUACACCACCGGACUUUCGCUACAAGUUCAGCGUCCGCUCAAUCUUUUCGGAAAUGGUACCAACAGCUGUGGGCACCGGAACGGACGAACCUGCCGCCGUACAGUCAUUUUACCCAAAUUGGAGAUCCAGUACUCCGACAAAAGGCUGCUCCAGUUCCCCAGGAGCACAUACUAAGCCCCGAGGUCGAGGCUAUUGUUGAAAAGAUGGUCCGAGUUCUCCGGAAGUACGACUGUGUUGGAAUAGCAGCACCUCAAAUUGGAGUCUCCCUGCGGAUUAUUGCUAUGGAGUUCAAGGGAAGCAUCCGAAAGGAGCUUCCCGAGGCCGUUUAUCAGGCGCGACAGAUGACCGAAUUGCCGCUUACGGUUUUUAUCAAUCCCGUGCUGACAGUGACGAAUUACACCAAGCUCAAGCAUCCUGAAGGCUGCAUGAGUGUCAGGGGCUUUUCAGCCGAUGUGGAGCGCUUUGAAGGUGUGUCAAUCAGUGGGUCAAAUGGCAAUGGAGUCCAGAAUGAAUUGGAACUGUCAGGAUGGAAUGCGAGGAUCGCUCAGCAUGAGAUGGAUCAUCUGGAUGGAAAACUCUACACCGACCACAUGGACCGAUCCACCUUCGCCUGCACCUGCUGGGAAGCAGUAAAUACCAAGUCCGGUCGUGUUGAGAUACCCUUUUACAAAUAGUUAAGGAGCGAAAUCGUUUUUGCGCAUUGUUAUGUAUAUACGUUUUUAAAAUUGAAUAUUAAAUGGUUGGCAACCGUCCUGAAU